AUGAUAUUUGUUCAGGAGAAAGAUCCGACUACCGAUGUUGGUUAUCCGAACCACCGUCCCGGAUCUUUGAGUCAUCAAUGCAAGAGAGGUUCAGGAGCACACACCACCGGCAACCCAACCCAAAUUCAGCAGAGGAGGAUGUUGAGCAGUUGUCGAACUAUCAGAAUCGUUUCUCGUAAGGCCCGACCCUCGCCUGCUCUCCUGUCUCCCGGUCCUCCGUUCGCCUCGGCUUGUUCCCAGGAUGUCCCAGUCGUUUUCAGGCGUAGUUUGAGCAAGGCCUCCACUCGCGCAAAUCCAUCAAGGCUAGAGGAUACCGACGAGGGUCUUCUUCCUGACCAACUGCUUACGGCCGCCCUCCCUUUUGUUCCCACCCAUGGCUUCUCAUCUGCAGCGAUCUUGGCUGGGGUGGACAGUCAGCCGGAGCUCCAGAGGCUCGCUAUCAGUCAUUGGACGCUAUCCGGACUGUUCCCAAGCACCACUACUUCGACUGUGAUCGAUCGCACGAGCCAUGGCAGCGAGCCGAUCGGCCCGUCGAAAGCCUUGGCGGAACGCUGGAUCGAAGAAGGAAAUUCACAAAUGAAAGCAACGGUCACCAGCGAAAACUUGGUCUUCAAAAGAGAUCGGCUUGGUGGCGUGAGACGUGCGUUCGAGGUCCGACUGGCCUACAAUCGCACGAUUCCUAAAGAAUACUUGCUCAAGGCACUAGUGCUUGCUGUGACACCCAAGGACCCAUUCUUUGGGGUUCGGUUGCCCGUCGAACUGCCACACAUCUUACCGUACGGAUCUCAUGCGCUCAACGUUGCCACGGACGCUUUAGCCGGUCUGCAGGAUUACUCAAAGUCCAGAGAAUGGAUGCUCCGCCGGAUUAGACUAGCAGGGGUUUACAGCGCCAUAGAAUUGAUGUCUAUUGGAACCAAUCUGCAACCCUCCUCCGGCGAAAUUGACAAGCUUCUCGACGCUUCUGAAGCCUUGGCCACCCACACUGGCAACACAUUUGAAUUCAUCAACUAUGUCAACAGCUCACAGCGCUCGAUCAUUCGAAGCUUUGGGUUAAUAUAG